GAGUUCACUGUGUCUCACGAUAGAAAAGAUAAUAUCGUGAUUAGUGAUAAUACCAUAAUAGUAUAAUACGUCUUUUCGACGGAUCAUAAUAUUGUUAUUAUACUUCAGUACUUCACUCUCCAUCUUAAAUCAGCUGACUAUUAUAGAAUAAUAAUGUGACUUUCGUAUUAAGUAUUAACUUUUGAGAACUUAUCGGUAAAUAUUAAAGGCCUAACGUCGCAUCAUACAUUUAUUUUUGUUUUUUGUGAUUGUUAUUUUUUUAAUAUUUAAAUUGCAAGUGAUUCUAUUAUUCAUAAUGUAUGCCAAUCCUGAAACACUGAAAGAUUUGUGUAUUGACUAUGUUUGCGACAACAUAGAAAAACUUUAUAUGGCUGAACAAAUAAGUGAGACUGACUUACAGCCUUCUGAACCUGAGUAUAUGUUCAUUGAAAGAAAUGUAUACUUGCCAAUGGAAGUAUCAGAGAUGCUGUUAACAAAACUUAGUGUACGGAAUAAACUUAACGAUGAGAUACUAUCACUAUUCAGUCAUAAAAAUGUUUACUUGAGAAAUGUCAUACUACCAAAAACAAAAAAUUUAACUACAAAAGGAUUAAGAACAUUAAAAAAACAUAAAAUUAAAAAACUAAAAGUUCAUGGUUUGGACUGUACAGUAAAUGAACUUGUUGGUUCAUUGGGUGAAUGGACAACACAGAAUUUAGAGACACUAUGUGUAUCAAAUAGUUCAUUUAUAAGUGAUUCUUAUGACUUAAGAUUUUGUGUUGCUGUCUCAUUAUCAAAAUUAAAAAACCUUUGUUCACUCGAUGUAAGCAAUACCGAGUUUAGUACCAACAAUUUAAUUGCUGUAGUUGAAGAUUUGCCUCUAUUGGAGUCAUUAGAUAUUUCUAAUACAAAAGUUGACACACUUUUACCAUUGGGAAAGAAGAAAAACCAACUAAGAAAAUUAAGUGUAUAUAAUUUAAAGGAAGCUACAAUGCAUUUAAUUGCAUUUAGUCCACUUAAAAGUAUGACAUCAUUGACACAUUUGGAUUUAUCUUCUGAAAAAUAUUCUCACCCAUUUGAGAAUUUUAGCUGUGAUACACCUUGGUUACAAUUUUUGACUGAUCCCGAUUGGUUACCUAAUUUAGUUUCAUUGGAUAUAUCUGGAAGUGAUAAUGUUGGUCCAAGAAUCAUGCAAGAUUUUCUAACUACUCAUAAAAAAUUAAGAUUUUUAGGUUUAAUGCAUAUGGAUGAUUGUGGUUUGGCUAUGUUCACUGUUCCCACUCAUCCAUUAUAUAACCCAGACUUAGUGGUUACUGGUGUUGUGACACAAGAGCAAUUAUUGACUGGUUUAAAGCGUUACACAAAACGUCCAACAUAUAUUCAAAAAUGUCUUUACCAUUUGUUUAAAUGGACCGAAAAGUAUAAUUGCCCUAAAGUUGACAUCAUCCAAUUAAUUUUAAAUGUGAUGAACUGUCUUCCUGACAGUUUUCCAGUACAAAUGGCAGCAACUGCUUGCCUUUAUAAUUUAACCAAGAGUGAUUUAGCCUUAAACAUACAUCCUAGUGUUUUGGCUAAAGUAGUGGAAGCAACAUUAGAUGCCAUGGAACGUUUUCCCAAUCAUAACCAGUUACAGAAAAAUACAUUGUUGACAUUAUGUAGUGAUCGUAUACUUCAAGAUGUGAAAAUGGACAAGUUCAGGUGUGCAAAAUUAGUCUUGGAUUCAUUACAUUUUUUCAAUGAUAUUGUCAUGAACCGUAUGAGUGUUGCAAUCUGCAGUAUUUUAGCUGCAAAAAUUUCUACGUCUGAAACAUCUCAAUUAGGGUCUAACCCAAGAUAUAUGGCCAAAUUAUUAUCAAUAGUAUUUGAAAAACUAUCAACUCGAACUGUCGAUGUGACUAUGAAGUUCACACUUAGUGCACUUUGGAAUCUUACUGAUGAAUCCCCUACAACAUGUAAAGUUUUCAUUGAUGAAGGAGGACUGGCAUUAUAUAUGAAUAUACUAAAUACGUUUAUUGAUGACAGUACUGUAGAAACUAAAGUACUUGGCUUAGUUAACAAUAUUGCUGAAGUACCACAUUUGAGAAAUAUGUUAUUUAGCAAUGAUAUUAUUCCUACAUUAAGACGUUUGUUACGGUCAGAACAAAUUGAUGUGAGCUAUUUUGCGGCUGGAAUAAUUGCUCAUUUAGCAUGCGAACCUAGUUGGGAAACAUUUACUGUGAAUAGUAAAGCUGAAGUUUUGGAAGAAUUACGAUAUGCUGUAAAGCAGUGGGUACCACCUGAGGGAGAAAUGGUUGCAUACAGAUCUUUCCAGCCUUUUAUUGGGUUACUGAAAUCAACUAACACACCACAGGUUCAGCUUUGGGCUGCAUGGGCAAUACUUCAUGUUUGUACUAAAAAUGCUAAAAAAUAUUGUGCAAUGCUUAAUAAAGAAAAUGGUGUUGACAUUCUUCAACAAAUUGCUUCGGAUAAAACAGUUGAUCAUGAAGUGUGUGAGUUAUGCUAUGGCAUAUUAGACUUGAUGAAUGAAUUUAGUAUAGUCCAUUUUUGGUAACUUUUCCGUGGAUCUAACCAGUGUAUUCAUAAUAUUUUGUUGAAGUUUAAAUAACUUCUUUAAAAUCUUUACUAUUUAUGAACAGGAAUCAUUGAGAUUUAACAAGUAAGCAAUUAUUUAAAUAUUUUUUAAACAUUUACGUGCCAGACUCUCGUAUACAAAGCCUUUUACAAUCUAUAUUCAUUAUUUCUUCAGAUUCCAUUUUUUAAGAAACGAUACUUUGAUGCUAAAAUGUUCUAGAAAACAUUUAUCUAGUGACUAAUAUCUAAAGAUUUUAAUUGUAAUAUUAUUUAUGGUAUUGAAUUUAACAACUGAAUAACUAUUUAAAAAUAUUAAUAGAAAUAUAUAAUUUUUGUGUUAAUUUUCUUUAUUCAAUUGAAUUAUUGAUUAUUUUUCUUCAAUUUAUGUAUCUGAUACUACUUAUAUUUGGUCUUAUAACUUAUUAAUGUUAUUAUUCAUUUUUUUUCUUUACCCGUCACUCUACUUACUUAUUAACAACUGAAUGGAAUUAUGAUCGUAUGUAAUUAUAAUAACGGUGAAGGAAAUCCAUAAACACUUAUAUAUUCAUUGUUAUUUUCUUAGUUUCCUUAAGAUAAGUUUAGUAUUAGGUAAACUAUAAACAUGGAAUUACGAUAGGUAUUGAUAUUUGUAUAUUAUAAACUGUAAUAAUUAUAUUAGUAUUUAAAUGUUUACUGUUUAUAUAAAUAACAUUUAACUUUUGAUUGUACAGUGUUUUUAUUUUGUUGGAAUAUAUGUGUAUUAUAAAUUAUAAAAUUAAUAUAUUUAUUACUAGCUAUACAUAUUAUAUGCUUAUGUAUAGAAAUUAAUUUUAAGAUUAUUUUUUGAUUUAUUUGAAUUGUUAGGAAAAUUGAAUUGUAUUAUCAUCAUGUGUUAUGUGUACUAUACUUGUAAAAUAAAAUUAUUUUGUCAAUGUCAA